UAUAGAUCUACAGCUAUGCUGCAGGCAAACAGAACUGUAUUGUUUGUGCCAGACGUACUUACUGCAGAGCAAUUCGUGGAUAGGUAACUCACAAUGCCAUCAGACUUUGAUGAUCUGGUUUUCUUUGUAAAUGGAAAAAAGAUUGUGGAAAGAAAUGCAGACCCUGAAAUGACCUUGCUUACCUACAUAAGAAGAAAAUUGGGUCUGACUGGAACCAAACUUGGCUGUGGAGAAGGAGGAUGUGGUGCCUGCACUGUGAUGAUCUCAAAGUAUGAUCACUUUCAGAAGAAGAUAAUUCACUAUUCCAUUAAUGCCUGCUUGGCCCCAGUUUGUUCUCUCCAUCACACAGCUGUCACCACUGUGGAAGGAAUUGGGAGUGUUACCAGUAGGCUUCACCCAGUCCAGGAGAGAAUAGCCAAAGCCCAUGGCUCUCAGUGUGGAUUCUGCACCCCAGGAAUUGUCAUGUCCAUGUACUCCCUCCUGCGGAAUACCCCACACCCUGCCAUGGAGGAAAUCGAGGAGGCUUUCCAAGGGAACUUGUGCCGCUGUACUGGAUAUAUGUCUAUUUUGGAGGGAUACAAGACAUUUGCCAAUAAUUCAGGUUGUUGUGGUAGUAAAGGAAAACAGGAUGGCUGCUGUAUGAACAAAGAGGAAACGAAUGAGAUGUAUUUACAGCCUGGAUUAUAUGAUCCAUCAGAGUUCAAACCCAUUGAUCCUACUCAGGAGCCUAUUUUUCCACCAGAACUACUGUUAUUUGACAGGUUGCCAUCAAAGCAGCUGCAGUUCAAAGGUGAACGGAUGAUGUGGAUUCAGCCCUGCUCUCUUAGUGGACUGCUGUCUCUAAAAGCAGAGUACCCUGAUGCCAAGCUUGUGGUUGGGAACACAGAAAUUGGAAUUGAAAUUAAAUAUAAGAACAUGCUGUAUCCAGUGAUUCUAGCCCCAGGAUAUAUUUCAGAACUGAACAUUGUCCAGCACACCGAAGAAGGUAUCAUAUUUGGAGCUGCCUGCACAUUGACUCUGAUUGGAGAUGUCCUUCGGAAAGCAGUGUCUGAACUCCCAAAGCACAAGACUGAAGUGUUUCAAGCGGUUCUGGAGCAACUGAGGUGGUUUGCUGGGCAGCAAAUCAGAAACGUUGCAGCUAUAGGUGGAAACAUAAUGACAGCUAGUCCAAUCUCUGAUCUUAACCCAGUCUUCAUGGCAGCUGGUUGUAAAUUGACACUGCUAUCAAAAGGUGGUAAAAGGGUUAUCAAGAUCGAUGACAAGUUUUUUACUGGCUACAGGAAGACUGCCCUAAAGCCUCAGGAAAUACUAUUGUCAGUUGAAAUUCCAUACACAAGACAGGGACAGUAUUUUUCAGCUUUCAAGCAGGCCUCUCGACGUGAAGAUGACAUUGCCAUAGUAAACUGUGGGAUGAGUGUCCUGUUUAAAGAGGGCACGAAUGUGGUAAAGGAGCUCCUUGUGAGCUAUGGAGGAAUGGCACCAACUACAGUCCUAGCAAGGAAGACAUGUGGACAGCUUAUUGACAGAGAGUGGAAUGAGGAGCUUCUGCAGGAAGCCUGUUGCCUGUUAGCCGAGGAGAUGAGCCUGUCCCCUUCAGCUCCCGGGGGGAUGGUGGUGUACCGACGCACACUGACACUCAGCUUCUUCUUCAAGUUCUACCUGACUGUUCAACAAAAACUGGUCAAGGAUCUUGGGGCUAAUAAGUAUCAUGCUGAACACUUAUCUCCAGGCUACGCUAGCGCAACAGAGUUGUUCCAUAAAGAUUUUCCAUCCAGUGUCCAAAUUUUCCAGGCUGUGCCCCCCGGACAGUCUAUGGAGGAUGUGGUAGGAAGACCUGUUGUACAUCUGUCAGCUCUCAAACAAGCCACUGGUGAGGCCAUUUAUUGUGAUGACAUGCCCAGAUAUGAAAAUGAGCUCUACUUAACACUGGUUACGAGCACCAAAGCUCAUGCCAAAAUCAUAUCCAUUGAUACAGCAGAAGCCAUGGAGGUGCCUGGAGUUGUGUGUUUCCUCUCCUAUAAAGACAUUCCCGGGAGCAACAUAACAGGACCAAUUGUUUUGGAUGAAACAGUCUUCGCUGAAGACACGGUAACCAGUGUUGGGCACAUUAUUGGGGCAGUUGUUGCUGACACACAAGCCCAUAGUCAAAGAGCUGCCAAGGCUGUAAAGAUCACAUAUGAGGAACUUAAAAGGACUAUCACUAUUCUGGAUGCAAUUGCAAAUAAAUCAUUUUAUCAACCUAUAAGAAAGAUAGAAAGAGGGAACCUUGAUAAAGGAUUUCAAGAGGCUGACCAUAUAGUGGAAGGGGAAAUGCACAUGGGGGGACAGGAACACUUCUAUCUGGAAACUCAUUGCACUUUGGCAGUUCCCAAAGGAGAAGAUGGAGAAAUGGAAUUGUUUGCAUCAACCCAGGAUGCUACAAAAACACAGGCCCUUGUUGCCAAAGUCUUAGGAGUCCCAUCAAAUCGAAUUGUCUGCCGGGUGAAGAGAAUGGGAGGAGGGUUUGGAGGGAAAGAAUCCAGAUCCACCCUCUUAUCAACUGUGGUGGCUGUAGCAGCACAUAAGGUAAAGCGCCCUGUGCGAUGUAUGCUGGAUCGUGAUGAAGACAUGCUUAUAACAGGUGGAAGGCAUCCAUUUUUGGGGCGCUAUAAGGUUGGCUUUCUGAAGACUGGGCAAAUAGUUGCUGUUGAUGUAACAUACUAUAGCAAUGCUGGAAGCUCCACAGAUCUUUCAUUGGCUAUCAUAGAGAGAGCUUUGUUUCAUAUGGAUAAUUCCUACAACAUUCCACACAUCAGAGGCUUGGGCUAUGUCUGCAAAACCAACCUGCCUUCAAAUACAGCCUUCCGCGGCUUUGGCGGGCCUCAGGGGAUGAUGAUCGCAGAGUGCUGGCUGAGUGAUGUGGCUUUGAAGUGUGAUCUUCCUGCUGAACAGGUCCGUAAGAUAAACAUGUAUAAGCAAGGAGACGUGACCCCGUAUACUCAGAAGCUGGAACAGUUUACAACAGACAAGUGCUGGGAGGAGUGCCUGGUGAAAUCCAACUAUCACCAGCGAAGGAAGCAGAUAGAAGAAUUUAACAGACAGCACCGUUGGAAGAAGAGGGGAAUUGCCAUUAUCCCAACAAAGUUUGGAAUCAGUUUUACAGCCAGCUUCUUGAAUCAGGCAGGAGCGCUGAUUCAUAUUUACACUGAUGGCUCGGUUCUCCUCACACAUGGUGGCACUGAAAUGGGGCAGGGACUACAUACCAAGAUGGCUCAGGUUGCCAGUAGGGCCUUACAGAUCCCCAUCUCUAAGAUACACAUCAGUGAGACGAGCACCAACACAGUCCCCAACACAUCUCCAACAGCAGCUUCAGUCAGCUCUGAUCUCAAUGGGAUGGCAAUCUAUAAUGCCUGUCAAAUCUUAUUGAAACGUAUGGAGCCUUACAGGAACCAGAACCCCAAGGGAUCUUGGGAAGCUUGGGUGAAAGCUGCCUAUUUUGACAGUGUGAGUUUGUCAGCAACAGGAUAUUUCAGGACCCCUGGUAUCAGUUAUGACUUUGAGAAGAAUGAAGGAAACCCGUUCCAUUAUUUUAGUUAUGGAGUGGCCUGCUCUGAAAUUGAAAUUGACUGUUUAACUGGUGACCAUAAGAACCUCUCUACUUGCAUAGUAAUGGAUGUUGGCCUCAGUCUGAAUCCAGCCAUAGAUAUUGGGCAGAUUGAAGGUGCAUUCAUGCAAGGAGUUGGUCUGUACACCCUGGAGGAGCUGCGCUAUUCCCCAGAUGGCAACUUGUACACAAGAGGGCCUGGUAUGUACAAGAUUCCUGGGUUCGGUGACAUCCCCACUGAGUUCAAUGUGUCGCUCCUCCGAGAGGCACCCAACAGCAAAGCCAUUUACUCUUCCAAGGCUGUCGGGGAGCCACCGCUUUUCCUUGCCUCAUCAGUGUUUUUCGCCAUCAAAGAUGCCAUCUAUGCUGCUAGGACCGAAUCAGGCCUGAGAGGCCCAUUCCGACUGGACAGUCCUGCCACUCCAGAGAGAAUACGCACUGCUUGUGCUGACAAGUUCACCAAGCUGUGUCCUCCUGCUGAACCAGGAACCUAUACUCCUUGGGAUGUUCAAAUGUGAAGAGGUCUUGAAGCUCAACACAAUUAAUGCAUAUGCUCUUGCCAGUAUAACUUGUCGGAAUGUGAUCAUAUUUUAAAAAAAAAUCCAC